GUCUCCUCAUUUGUUAGCAGAAGCUAGCGAAGCUAUCGGCUAGAGAAAGACGUGUCCAGUGAAUAAUUGUUCUCCCGUUUUUCUUGUUUCUUCUUUAUUACUCGAACAGACAAGAAUGUCUGAGUUUUUUUCAUUGUCGCAAAUUUGAGUUUUGUAAAGGAGAAAAGUCCGCGGAGUCUUUUUCACCCAGCGCUGUUUUUUCACCUUCGCCCGACACUGAAUAAUAUGGCGGACGGUGGGCAUUACUACAACGGUAAGAGGCCCGCUAGGCUAACCUUGUAUCUUCUUUGUUGUUGUCACUGUUUAUUUUCAGAUUGUGAAGACUUUAUGGUGAGGAGAGAAGUAACACGCACAGGUUUCCAGGUUCAAGAAGAGCACGAUGACAGAACAUUGCCAUUUCGCAACCGUAAAGGCAGAGGCUCUACUAAGGGUCGGCCGUUUGACAGGUCCCGCAGGGAUCGUCGGAGAGGAAAUCAGACAGGGGGAUUUGGAGGUCCUGGACCACGAUCCAGGUUUGAAGAUACAGAUGGGGAUGUGACUAUGAGUGACAACUCUCAAGACAGCAGCUCCCAGAACAGAUUCAAUCCAUAUGGAAGACCCUGGAGAGGAGAUGGACGGUUUGACAGAGACAAGCGACAGGGCAAAGGAGGAGGAGGUGGUAGAGGGGGAGGUGGUGGAAGAGGAGGAGAUCGAGGUGGUCUGAGAUCCCAAUCAAACUGGUUUAAAGUAACGAUACCACAUGGACGAAAAUAUGACAAGAAGUGGUUAGUGCCAGCUCUUCAGAACAUCUGUUCAGUUCCCUACUCACCUAUACAGUAUCAUGUUGACCACAACAGGGUUCAUUUCUAUGUGGAAGAUUCUGCUGCUGCCAAUGCUUUACAGAAAUGUUCUCACAAGAUCACAGAUUCAGAUGGGUAUAAGGUGGAAGUGCAUGUUAACCCAAGUAAUCCACCAGCCUUCCUGCUAGCUGACCUGAAGCCUGAGCACAUAGAACACCUGAAGCAAUGCAUGGCAAAACGUUUUGAUGGUUCCCAGCAAGCACUGGACUUGAACAACAUUCGAAUGGACCCAGACUUGGUGUCCCAGAACAUUGAGGUCAUCUUGAACAGGAAGACAAGCAUGGAGGCUGUCAUUAAGAUCAUUGAAGAAAACAUCCCUGAGCUGUCAUGUUUGAAUCUGAGUAACAACCGUAUUCACAAACUUGACGAGCUUGCUGAAUUACUUACCAAAGCACCUAAUCUCAAGGCCCUCAAUCUUUCGCACAAUGAGCUGAAGACUGACCGGGAGCUGGAGAAAAUAAAAGGCCUGAAACUGGUGGAGCUGUGGCUGAACAGGAACCCUCUGUGUGAGCUCUUUAAGGACCAGGCUGCAUACAUCAGUGCUGUGCGGCAGAGAUUUCCUCGACUUCUCAAACUGGAUGGUAAUGACCUCCCGCCUCCAAUUAGGUUUGAUGUUGAAACACCGACUACAAUCCCGCCCUCCAAGGGAAGCUACUUUGGCUCUGAUGAAAUCAAGGCACUCAUCCUUCGUUUCUUGCAGCAGUACUACAGUAUAUAUGACUCAGGAGACAGGCAGCCCCUUCUGGAUGCUUAUCAUGAUGGUGCUUCAUUAUCCAUCACAACACCUUACUCCACACAGAACCCCUCCAGGAGCAGUCUGGGGGAGUAUCAUAAAGACAGUCGAAACCUGAAAAGGCUCAAAGACUCAACAAUGCGGUUUCGGUUAAUCAAGCACACUCGACUGAACGUUGUGGCAUUCCUCAACGAGCUGCCAAAAACGCAACACGACAUUGCCUCCUUUACAGUGGAUGUGAACACCUGCACGAACACACUACUCUCCUUCACUGUGAGUGGAGUCUUUAAAGAAGUUGUUGUUGAUGGAAAAUCCAGAGAGUCCACCAUGGCCUUCUCUCGGGUUUUCGUCACAGUCCCAGCGGGGACUUCUGGUUUGUGCAUCGUCAAUGAUCAGCUUUUCAUCCGAAUGGCUACAACAGAGGAGAUCCGCCGAGCCUUUGUGGCUCCAGCACCAACUCCAUCUUCCAGUCCCGUCCCAACCCUCACAGCUCCACAACAAGAGAUGCUUACAGCGUUCUCACUGAAGUCAGGCAUGAACCUGGAAUGGUCACAAAAGUGUCUGCUGGAUAAUGAGUGGGAUUUCAACCGAGCAGCACAGAUUUUUACACAGUUGAAAGCAGAAGGCAAGAUCCCAGAUGUGGCCUUCCUAAAAUGAAGAAUUUGUUCAAAUUUUUGUGAAAUAAAACAGUUAUUUUAUUUAUAGCUUAUGUUUUCUUUUAUUAUUGCGCUUAUUUUUGUAUUCACAAAAAAUAAAUGUAGAUCAAAUUGACUUGUAAUUGUUGUCUUAACAGCUAAAUGGCAUUUUUUU